AUGCGAUGCUUACAGGUUCAAAUUUUCCUUUCUGCAAAGACUUUCCGAUCAACCAAGUUGAAGCGCAGUCCUAGAGACAUUCGCUGGACUGUGCUGUACCGCAUAAAGCACAAGAAGGGAACUCAUGGUGUGGAACAUGUUCAAAAGAAGAAGAUAAAAAAGGCCACCACCACCCUUAACCGUGCUGUAGCGGGAAUGUCUCUUGAAGCAAUUCUUGCCAAACGUAACCAGACCUCCGACUUCCGACGCCAACAACGUGAGCAAGCAGCUAAGGCCGCCAAGGAAGCCAACAAAGCAGCCAGAGCAGCUAAAGCCGCCCAAAAUAAGGUUAGUAAGAGCUGA